AUUGAACUUUGCAUCAGAUCUCCAGUUACACAUUGCUCCAUAGCCGUACUGCUCUCUCCAUAAUCUAUUGUCAAGAAUCUUAUCGAACGCAUACUCUUCUUCACACAGUUCGGCUUCUAAGCAGUCCCUUCUACUAUGUCUCUACGCCUCGUGAGAGCAGAAAAGGCGGAUAUCCCCAAGCUGGUCGAUUUGUAUUUCGAGACGUUCAAGAGUCUAUUGGUUCUGCGGGUAAAACCUGAUGUACCACCCGUCCGCGAAUGGUGUAAGAAGAGCCUGGAAAGCGACAUCGAGAAGCCACAUACCCGAAUAUACAAGGUCGUGGAGGGCCAAGCCGAGUCGGUGCAGGCAUCAGACGAAAUCAUAGCAUUCGCCAAAUGGAGCUCGCCGCAUACCGAGCCUCCGCAGGAGAAACCCACCGAGUGGCCCGUAGGCGGUGAUGUCGCGCUAUUCCGGGAAGUUGUUGGCAAAGCGACAGAGAAAAGGAAGCGGAUAAUGGGCGAAGAGGAGCAUUGGUACUUAGCCGUCCUCGCAACCUUGCCAAAGCACCAGCGCAGAGGCGCGGGAUCGCUACUUAUGACUGAACUCUGCAAACAGGCGGAUCAAUCUGGGCACCGGAGUUAUGUUGAGGCGUCACCUCUCGGCAAACCGACAUAUCAACGGUUCGCAUUUGAAGAGCGGGAUACGUUUAGUGUUUUGAUUGAUGGCGAACCGUAUAUUGAUUGCUGUAUGGUGCGUGAACCACUAAAGCCAUCGUGAUUAUCAAUGUCACUAGGUGCUAUUCGAUGAGGUAGGUUGAGUUUAGACGAAAGAUUAAAUUUCAAAUCCUCAUCUCAAUUUCAAAUCCCAUUUUUCAGAAUCGAGCGACCGCACUGGUGGUUGGCAAGUUACGACAGAAUUACGAGCAUUAGGAGAUGGUAAUGUGUUGAAAGAUUACAGCUUUUUUAUUUCAAGGAGUGACUAGGGAACGCAGCUGAACUCGUUCACGGGCCACUUAGGGGUGGCCACUUUCCUUCCUCCGCUAUAUAUACUCUUAGCUAACGUCCCCCUGGGUGGCGGAAAACCCCCUGUGCCGGAAUAAAUCUAUUGUUUAGGCAUCUCAACUCUUUCCCUCGCAAUUCUAUUAAGUUAUUAUUAAUGUUUUAUUGUUCUUUAGGCAUUUCUCCCUAG